AUCACACCCAUCCAUCAUCCCUUGUGCGCGCCCUUUUCGUAUUUCCACGGCACGCGAACCUGCGACCGGCUGAUCGAAAGGUCCUGCAGAAACACCGACAAAUCCUUCACCUCACUCUCGCCGUGGACAGCAGCCGCUGCAGCCGCUGCAGCUGGGGUGACGGUCUCGCUUUCGCACUCCUCCUCUCCCUCUCCCUCUCCCUCGCCCUCUUCCUCGAUGGGCGCGGGCUGGUCAGGUGCUGGGGUAGCUUGUGUAGUAUGCGGUUGUUUGGUGCUUUUGCUGAGGGCGUAGAUGCUCUGCAGGUUGAAGGACAGCUGCUUGCGCUCCGACUCGGUGACGUUGCUCCACAGCUGCUCAAACAGGGUGAUCAAGGCCUUGAUUCAUGCGACAGAGACCAUGGACCCACACCACACAAGAGACAAGAGAGAGUGUCCUUGACUGACUGACGGAUGGAUGGAGAUGUAUGUAUGUGCAUGUGUGUGGGUACGUUUGUACGUUUUUGGAUUCCUGCUCGUUGAUCAGCUGCGUCUCGACGUCUCUGUAUCUGAUGCGCAGCUCAUACAGCUCGGGGAGCACCUCGUCCUCCUGCUGCAGCGCCUGGUACUUGUUGUCGAGCUCCUCGAUCUCCUUGAGCAGCCCCUCACGCCCCUGACGCAGCGACUCCACCUGACGGGCGGCCUCGUCCAGCUUGCCCUCCACGUCGCGCUUCUCUUUCUCCAGCCGAGACACGUGCGCGUUCAUCUCUCUGUUGAAGGAAGGAAACAGGUGCGUGCGAACAGAGUCCAGGGGGCAUUGUGUCUGUGUUGUGUGCUGUGAGUGUGGCGCUGGCUGACCGUAUCUUGGAAUUGGAUGCAGUAAGGCCUGCAAGGCAUCAUUUACACACACAACACAAGGGCUGCAGUGCACCCAUCACGUCUCUGUCUCCUUGUGGGUCUAUAUAUACGUUGGUUGGCCUCCUCAGCGAACUCCUGUGCCCACUCGACUCUUCUCUCGGACUCCUUGUGUGCGCCCUCCAGCUCGCUCUCCAGCUUAGACACGUGCUCCUUCAAGCGGCCGAGCGCCUCCUCCUUCUCUGCCAAAGACGCCUGAUUGGUUCAUGCCAUGCAGCACGAGAUCCAUCCAAUCCAUUUGUGCAGUGGACAUCUGUGUGCGUGUGAAGCGCACUUUGGCGUCUUUGAGGUCUUGUUCGGCGGUUGGGGAUACGGUGCCUUUCUGGUCGAGGGCUGUGAGUCGGUCCUGCAGCUGGGUGAUGAGCGCCUGCUGCUCGUGGUGCUUCCGCUGCACUCCACUCACACAGACAGACAGUCACCGCACCGUUCUCUGGAUGCGUGUGUGUUUUUUGUUUUGCAGCCACACCCAAUGUGGGUGCGCCGUGCCCCUGACUGACCUCUUCGUCAGCGAGUACGGCGGCGACUCUUUGUUUGUGUGUGGCCUCGAACGUCUCGAUGGUCUCCUGCUGCGUCUUGCACGUGGCAUCCAACGCUCUGACGCCAUAAAAUGAUACAUCACAACACAACACAACACAAUAUAACAGUGCAGGCGGCACCGUGCCGCCCACCUCAUCUCACCUCACUCACCUUGAGUACUGUUUGAGUGCCUGUAUCUUGCCCUUCUUGGCGGUGAUCGACCGCCGCAGCUCAUCGACAUACGCCCUGUCGCCCACGUCACCACCACCAAAAUCUGCAAAGCGAAACAAGCAUUCAUUGGGUGGCAUUUGUCCCUGUGCUUGGCUUGCUGUCUGUCUGGUUGUGAGUGAGUGAGUGAGUGAGUUGCCUGGUGAUGCUGUCACUGGCGACGAGGCGGUGCCCAGCGUGGUGUCCAGCAAAUCCUCGCCGGCCAGCGCCCACUGCAGCGUCUCGUGCAGACCCUAUCAUUCAUAAGCACACAACAUCCGCCGUCUGCUGUUUGUGUGUCCCUUUGUUAGUUACUGUGUCCGUCGAUCUGACCUUGCAGAGGUAGAGGUGCUGUGUGUGGGAGUACAGCAGCGGCGCGUACCUGCGGGCCUUGAUGGCCUCCUGAAGGAAGAACACACACACACACACACACAGCCGAUUGAUUAAAUUCUUGUGUCUGGUCUGCCUGUGUCCCGCUGCAGCAAUGAAUGGCUCACGUCACGUACGUGUGGGUGUUCGUCGAGUGGGUAUAUGUUGUUGUUGGCCCAGUCGAUGACCGGCGUGAUGCUCACACACACCAUCCUCUCCUUGGCCGAGCCACCCUCAGAAAAAUCAAGACUCGACAAAACUACACACACGCCCACAUGACGUAUUCCCUGUCCUGUGUGUGUGUGUGUGUACACGUUUGUUUGAUAGCGUGUUCCUCCGCUCCCGAGAGUCCGUUCUGCAUGCCCAUGCGUGACGGCAGUGGCGGGUGGGACACAUCGCCGCCCGCCACGCCAUAUGCUGAUGAUGAUGAAGACGAGGAGGCGCCCGCCGACGGGAUGCCCGCCAGACGCAGCCUGGCAAACAACCAUAUCAGCGACCGCGUUUGUGUGUGUCUCUCGUGUGGCAGUCGGUAUUCCUUGCAGAUUCCACUUGCCAUGUGUGGUAGAGCUGGUAGCCAAUGUCCUCGGUGAAGGCCCACACCGGAAUCACCACCGAACCUGACCCACCACCAGGACACACACACAGAGACAGGGAGAGAGAGAGACACACACACUGGACGAGCAGGCCUUCCGUCGCGUGCACCUCUGUUGAUGACAAUUCUGGGCAUGUAUAUGGACUGCGGUGAGCUCUCGUAGAUGCGCCGCUCCUCCUCGCCCGACGAAUCCUCAUAGCUGAAUACCUCCAAGGUCAACAUAGAACUCUUGGCCAGAUACACUUCACCUGCACACAAAACAGCCGAAUUAACUAACUAUCCACCAAAUGGUGCUCAACAGCCAUGGCAGGAUCUGCCUCUCUCGGGGUCUCUUCCCUUCUCUGACUGACCGGGCAGCUUCCGAGCCAGAAUGACGCGUGUCGAAGUCUGGGCGCUUGCCAUCGCUGCUGCUGGCGCUCCCUCUUUCUGCUGCCUCACACCCAUCGUCAGCACGCCAAGCCUACACACAGAUAGACAAGCCAGCAGACAGAGGGCGGGUGAGAUUAAUGGCCCCCUCCUGCAGCAGAUCUCUACAGACCAUUUCUCGUUGGGCUUCAGAUGCACAUUUCGCACGUCAUGAAGGGCAACGGCGCAGCGGAGAGUGUCACCCAGCAGAGGGUCGUGGGCCACGCUGGACGCGAAUGCACCCAUCGUUGGCGGUGUGAGG